AUGAAACUCAAACUCAUUCUGUCGGUUUUAUUGAUCCUGUCAGUAACCACCAUUGCUGAUGAUGUUUACAUUCGACCUCAGCCUCGAAAAACCUUACAUCUUCCAUGGGAUUCAAAACCCUCUUCUUAUCCUCAGCAGGUACACAUUUCUUUGGCAGGAGACAAACACAUGAGAGUUACCUGGAUUACUGAUGACAAAUCUGCGCCUUCAGUUGUAGAAUAUGGAACAUUGCCGGGAAAAUACGAUUCUGUAGCUGAAGGAGAGACAACCUCUUACAGUUACAUUUUCUAUAGCUCAGGAAAGAUACACCAUACAGUAAUAGGCCCUUUAGAGCCGAGUUCUGUUUACUUUUACCGAUGCGGUAGACAAGGUCCUGAGUUCCAGCUUAAAACACCUCCAGCUCAAUUUCCGAUUUCUUUUGCUGUGGCAGGAGAUCUUGGCCAAACCGGUUGGACUAAAUCAACGUUAGAUCACAUCGGCCAAUGCAAAUAUGAUGUUAACCUGAUUCCUGGUGAUCUUUCAUAUGCCGAUUAUAUCCAGCGUCGUUGGGACACGUUUGGUAGGCUUGUGCAGCCGCUUGCUAGUGCUAGACCGUGGAUGGUAACACAAGGGAACCAUGAAGUGGAACAUCUACCGUUGUUAAAGGAGGGAUUUAUAUCCUAUAAUUCUAGGUGGAAAAUGCCGUUUGAGGAAAGUGGAUCGAGUUCGAAUCUCUAUUAUUCUUUUGAAGUUGCUGGUGCUCACAUUAUCAUGCUUGGUUCCUAUGACGAUUAUGACGUGCACUCGGAACAAUAUAGAUGGCUAAAGACAGAUCUGUCAAAGGUGGACCGGAAAAAGACACCUUGGUUGCUUGCCAUAUUUCAUGUCCCGUGGUAUAAUAGUAACACGGCUCAUCAAGGUGAAGGUAGUGAUAUGAUGAAAACCAUGGAGCCGUUGCUUUAUGCUGCUAAAGUUGAUUUAGCUUUUGCCGGUCAUGUGCAUGCAUACGAACGCUCGAAACGUGUAUAUAAUGGAAAAUUAGAUCCUUGUGGUGCUGUUCAUAUAACAAUUGGCGAUGGAGGUAACAAAGAAGGCUUAGCUCAUGAGUAUAUAGAUCCACCUCCGAAGUGGUCAGAAUUUCGCGAAGCAAGUUUUGGUCAUGGGGAGCUAAAGCUUGUAAACUCGACGCAUGCGUUCUGGAGUUGGCACCGUAAUGACGAUGAUGAACCGGUAAAAUCUGACGAUAUUUGGAUUACCUCUUUAGUUAGCUCAGGUUGUGUUGGUCAGAAGAGAACCGAACUUGAGCAAGCACCUAUCAGACCCUAA